UUUUUUCCCCUCCGUUGCUCGUUGAUGUAUUCACUCGUGACAUCACCGAGCCACUAAAAGCCACUUUGAGCGGAGAGAGAGGGUGUCAGUCAAAACGACACGGCACACUCCGCUGACCUCCCUGCCGGAGCAAAACCAAAGCUGACUUGGCUUUACUGCGUCAAAGAAACGAUUACUACAUUAGCCCGGCUCACUCUGCCUUUUCUGAAACGUUUCACGUUUCGGCGCCUGAAAGGAAGUGAAGGCUGUGUGAGGAAAAGGCAGCUUCGCGAAGCUUCUGGGCUUGUGCGGAGCAGCUGAUGCUCUGAAGUGGGGAGGAACCGCGCUCUGAAACGGUAUAAACGAGCGCUGGAAGGCGGGGAAGGUUUCCUGCGGGACCCCAGAGCUGCGUCUGAGGGCAGAGGGAUGCGUGUGGAGCAGUAGCAGCUCGUGCUGCUGGACUUUCUCCUCAGAGCCGGCGCGCGCGCACACGCUACACCCAGCAGGAACGCAGCCUAAACUCAACACCGCGCGGAGCUCGACUUCGCCUAGUUUGAGACGGUUUCUCGUGGACGUCCAGCGCGCGACGUCCUUCAUCUAGAUGGAUGUUUCACUGGAGACCCGGUUUUCCUUUUACUGAUGGACAGAAAGGUGUGACGUCUUCGAGACGUUUAGUCGCGCUUCUCCCUUUACUCCCUUCAAGUGAAGAGACUAUGACAGGCUCGCGCUUCUCCUCGUUCGCCACCUUCACGUUUGCUUUAGAACUUCCAGCAGAAGCGGAGCUCAGGCAUGACUGAUCGGCGGACGCUUCAUCUUUAGACGCCUUUGGGGGGGAAAGGGGGGGGACAGACAGUGACCGACAUGGCAGAGUGGAAAAGGGGACGUGGAAGCGCGCGUUGGCCAGUGGCCGUGUGAUAGAGGAUCGGCCAGGGUCUCGUCCAGGCGGGCGGCCGGUGGGUGACCAUGCGCUCCGCCGCGCUGCGCUCGCUGCCGCUGCUGCUGCUGCUGCUGCUGCUCGCUCACGCGCGCCUCGGAGGCUCCGCGGGGCUCGUCCCCGAGCAGGGCCGUAGAAAGUACGCGGCGCCGCUGUCCCAGGACACCCUCAGCACCUUCGAAGCGCGACUCCUUAGCCUGUUCGGGCUCAAGCAGAGGCCCAGCCCGAGCAGGUCCGCCGUGGUGCCGCGCUACAUGCUGGACCUGUUCGCGGCGUACUCGGCCAACGCGGAGCCCAAGCACGGCGCAGGCAAGCGCUCUCUCGGGAGGGAGUCUGAGAAGUCUGCCAGCCGCGCUAAUACCAUAAGGAGCUUCCACCAUGAUGAAUCUACAGAGGAGCUGUCAAGUCACAGCGCCAAGACGACUCAAAGGUUCCUCUUUAAUCUGAGCUCCAUCCCCAGAGAGGAGUUUGUCACAUCAGCCGAGCUGAGGAUUUACAGGGAGCAGGUCACGACGGCCGCCAACAGCAGCAGCAACAAUAGCAGCUUGGGGUACCACCGCAUUAACAUCCAUGAGAUCAUGAAGCCUGGGCUUUCUUUUAAAGAGCCCAUCACAAGACUCCUAGACACCAGGCUGGUUCAGCACAGCCUGAGCAAGUGGGAGAGCUUUGACGUAAGUCCGGCCGUCUUGCGGUGGACCGCAGAGGGCCACGCCAACCGCGGCUUUGUGGUGGAGGUGGUUCACCCAAGCAGUGCGGACAGGGACUACAAGAAACAUGUCCGAGUCAGCAGAUCGCUGCAUGACAGCGAGGACUCGUGGCCACAGAUGAGGCCGCUGCUGGUGACCUAUAGCCACGACGGCAAAGGACAUGUGCUCCACACUCGGCAGAAACGGCAAGCACGGACAAGCAAGCCCAAGAAGAAGCACAAAGCAAACUGCAGGAGGCACUCCCUCUACGUGGACUUCAGCGACGUGGGCUGGAAUGACUGGAUAGUGGCCCCUCCAGGUUACCAUGCCUUUUACUGCCAAGGAGAGUGCCCUUUCCCUCUAGCGGACCACCUCAACUCCACCAACCACGCUAUAGUACAGACGCUGGUCAACUCGGUGAACAGCAAUAUUCCCAAGGCCUGCUGCGUGCCCACAGACUUGAGCCCCGUGUCUCUGCUCUACCUGGAUGAGUAUGAGCGAGUGAUCCUGAAAAACUAUCAGGACAUGGUGGUGGAAGGCUGUGGGUGCCGCUGAUGGACCUUAGCAUUGACUCUUGCAAAGACACUUUAUGUUCCAGUACUACACUUUUAUUUAUGCUAAAACACAUAUUUUGGAAAAAAGUAUAUAAAGCUAUAUUUAUGUCCACUAAUGGGAAAAUAAAUAUUUUAAUUGGAGUUCAACUAAUGUAUUUUUCUGAUGUACAUUUCAGUUUUCUACAUUUCUAUUCCGCACAUGAAGUAUACUGCUCAGAUUUUGUAUUUAUUUCUAUUAUAACCACUUUUAGUGAAUAGUUUAUCUCUAUUUAUGUGUAAUCAAAGAAAACAAUAUAUAGAUUUGUAAAAACAUCAGAGUGCAUCAUAGAUGGGUUUAUAUGUAUCCUUUAAUUGCUACAGCAGAAAGUCUCCUAAAGAAGCCUUAAAGUUUAGAUAUUGGAGAUGUGAUGCAAUUUCAGUCCUGUCUGCACCAACUGUAGUGUCACAUGGAGCACUGAAUGCAUUUAGUACAGCAAUCCAAAAGCAUGUGCACCGUUUGGGCCUUUCUUGCAGUAAGAAGCAGUGGUGAAUGUGAAUGCACUUAUCUAGAAGCAAUGUGACAGGUAGUUGACACUGAAUGCUCAGGAACAUUUGUUGGUGUGCAUGAAAUCCACAGUAUGAGCCUAUAAAAUCUACCUAUAGCCUUACAGACAGUUGCUAUGUGUUCUCUUCAUCCUGAUGCUUUGGUUUAUACUUCAUUACCCUUUACAGUGAAGUGUGCCUCGUUGAGUCUCUUUACCCUUAUCUGUAUUGUUCACAAGCUGGCGUAAGCGCCAUUGACAUGCCUUGACGCUUUCAAGACACUGUUGAAGAAAUGAGGUUCCUUGUCACUUACUUGUCAAAAAGCGUACAGAAUGCAAUUCCCGUGCUGCUAGACAAAAACAAUAGCAUUUAACCGUUUGGAAAAUCUGUUUUGUUUUGUUUUUUUCCUCGCUUGGAGGUCAAGAAGACCGGGUACACCUCCCAGUGAUCAUUUACUUGAACUCAAAUGUCAAAAGAUGUAAAAGAAAGUAAUAAACAGCUUUUCUCUAGGA